UAUACUACAACUUUUAUCCCAGAUUGUGAGAUUUGGUUCUUGGGGAGACUUUUGGUUUUUCCCUUAUCUCUAAACCCCCUUCUGUGGUAGCCAAACUUGUUUACAUGGUGGAUGUUGAAUAGCUGAGAAAUUUUUUUUGCUCUUCUUCAAGCAGUUGCAGAUCUAUGCUUUGAUUUGGUACAGGAGUAAGGACUAAAAUGUUUCUCUUCCCACCUGCCCACCACCACCUGGGGCUGACACAAUUUGCUUCUCCCUUCCUCAGAAGCAGUGAUCUUCUCCUGGUUCCUGGGUCAUGAAGGAGGGUUUUCUAUACCUCCCCAGAGGCAAAGGAGGUUUGUUUUUACUCCUCCUCUGUUCCCAGAAGGGAGGGUGUUUGUUUCUUCUCUCACCACAGCUGAAGGAUUUUGCUUCAUAUUAUAGGAACUCAGGAAUGCAUACAGUUUUCAUGCUUGUCUGCCAUCAAAUGCCAGUUGUCUUCUAUAUGUCUGGGCUGCCGAGGGGAACUCUCUCUGAUCUUCCCCCAGUCUUUCUUCUAAGUACAGUUGAGGCCUAUGGAGAAGCUCUUACAAGUGAGUGUAAACUCAACUUGUGACUGAGACCUCCAGUUAUUCUAAACUGCUACUUUGGUUCACAUUUGGCCUUUUGGAAUUAGUUACUCUUUUAGCUGAGUUUUUCUUACUGCCUUUUAUGACAGUCACCUCUUUUUACCAUGCUCUGUCAAGCAUGAAAAGAUUAAUAUGCCUUGUCUCUUCUCAGUGGAGUGCAUCACUCUUUGGAAUUCCUUGAUUGCUUUGCAACCUCAACUCUUUAAUGGGUUCAAGAAAAGUUAUGAUUUUUAGAUUAUCCUUUCUUUUUCUCAUUGUAGGAUGUGAGUAAUGCUUGUAGCUUCCAACAUUAUAAGUUGAAGCAAGCAUAGAUCCUGAUUUUUGUAUUUUUGCUGAAAAUUUAAUGUUAGCUUCCUCCAGGGGGAAUAUACUUUUGCUUUUAGAAGGUACUAGGGAAUGGCAGUGAUAUAGUUUGGAUGUUUGUCUCCUAAACCUCAUGUCGAAAUUUGAUCCCCGAUGUUUGGAGGGGAGGCUAAUGGGAGGUGUAUGGGUCAUGGGUGCAGAUCGUUCUAUUAAUUUCUGUAAGAGAUGAUUUUUGAAAAGGGCCUGGCACCUUCCUCCCUUCUCUCUUGCUUCUUCUCUUACCAUGUGAUCUCUGCAUAUGCCAGCUCCUCUACCCCUUCUGCCAUGAAUGGAAGCAGUGUUGAUGCCCUCACCAGAUGCAGAUGCUGGCACCAUGCUUUUCCUACAGCCUACAGAAUGGUGCUGACUAUUCUGAUGCCGAGUUUCCAAUUGCCUUGAUUAAAGUAGAAACAAUCUAUGGCUUGGAUGACUUACAUUUCACAUUGGUUUGAGCAAGAUGAUUGGUAUGAAGGACUACAAAGAGCAAACAUGUCCCAAGUAAGGCAAGUGGGAUUGCUGGCUGCUGGGUGUCAGCCGUGGAACAAAGACGUGUGUGCUGCCAGUGGAGACAGGUUUGCAUACUGUGCAACCCUGGCUAUCUAUAUUUACCAGUUGGAUCACCGUUAUAAUGAAUUCAAACUUCAUGCAAUUAUGUCUGAACAUAAAAAAACAAUCACAGCAAUCUCUUGGUGUCCACAUAACCCUGAUCUGUUUGCAAGUGGCAGCACCGAUAACUUAGUGAUCAUUUGGAAUGUUGCAGAACAAAAAGUCAUUGCUAAACUCGACAGUCAAAAAGGGAUACCUGCUUCCCUCAGCUGGUGCUGGAAUGCAGGUGAUGCGGUGGCAUUUGUUUCACACAGAGGACCACUGUUCAUUUGGACCAUCUCAGGACCAGAUAGUGGAGUGACUGUGCAUAAAGAAGCUCAUAGCUUCUUGUCUGAUGUCUGUAUAUUCAGAUGGCAUACUCAAAAAAAGGGGAAAGUUGUGUUUGGUCAUAUUGAUGGAAGUCUAUCAAUUUUUCAGCCAGGUAAUAAAAAUCAGAAACAUGUUUUGAGACCCGAAUCUCUUGAAGGGACAGAUGAAGAGGAUCCAGUUACAGCCCUAGAAUGGGACCCACUAUCUACUGAUUAUCUUCUUGUGGCUAAUUUGCAUUAUGGAAUUCGCCUAGUGGAUUCUGAAUCACUUUACUGCAUAACAACAUUUAAUCUUCCCAGUGCAGCAGCUUCUGUACAGUGCUUAGCCUGGGUUCCCAGUGCUCCUGGAAUGUUUAUAACUGGAGAUUCUCAAGUGGGUGUUUUGCGCAUUUGGAAUGUUUCAAAAACAACACCUAUUGACAAUCUUAAAUUAAAGAAAACAGGAUUUCACUGCUUACAUGUACUUAAUUCUCCUCCAAAGAAAAAAUUUUCAAUCCAAUCUCCAACCAAAAAUCACUAUACAUCCUCAACGAGUGAAGCAGUUCCACCCCCAACUUUGACACAAAAUCAAGCGUUUUCUCUUCCCCCUGGUCAUGUAGUGUGUUGUUUCUUGGAUGGUGGAGUUGGACUUUAUGAUAUGGGAGCUAAGAAGUGGGAUUUUCUUAGGGACUUGGGACAUGUGGAGACUAUCUUUGACUGCAAAUUCAAACCUGAUGAUCCCAACCUUUUAGCAACAGCUUCAUUUGAUGGCACUAUAAAAGUCUGGGAUAUAAACACACUAACAGCAGUGUACACUUCUCCGGGUAAUGAAGGGGUUAUUUAUUCCCUUUCAUGGGCUCCAGGUGAUUUAAAUUGUAUUGCUGGAGCAACUUCCCGAAAUGGUGCUUUUAUUUGGGAUGUUCAAAAGGGCAAAAUAGUUCAACGUUUUAAUGAGCAUGGAAAGAAUGGAAUAUUCUGCAUUUCCUGGAGUCACAAAGAUUCCAAAAGAAUAGCAACCUGCAGUGGUGAUGGUUUCUGUAUUAUUCGAACAAUUGAUGGUAAAGUGCUACACAAAUACAAACAUCCAGCUGCAGUGUUUGGUUGUGAUUGGAGCCAAAACAACAAAGACAUGAUAGCCACUGGCUGUGAAGACAAAAAUGUUCGUGUCUAUUAUGUAGCCACCAGCUCUGAUCAACCAUUGAAAGUAUUUAGUGGGCAUACAGCAAAAGUAUUUCAUGUUAAAUGGUCUCCUCUGAGGGAGGGAAUUCUUUGCAGUGGCUCUGAUGAUGGUUCUGUUCGAAUCUGGGAUUAUACUCAAGAAGCUUGCAUAAAUGUUCUUAGUGGACAUACUGCACCUGUGAGGGGAUUGAUGUGGAAUACUGAGAUUCCAUACCUACUACUGUCUGGCAGCUGGGACUAUACUAUAAAAGUAUGGGACACUCGAGAAGGAACUUGUUUGGAUACUGUGUAUGAUCAUGGUGCAGAUGUAUAUGGUUUAACAUGCCAUCCAAGUCGCCCCUUCACUAUGGCCUCUUGCUCCCGUGAUUCUACAGUGAGACUCUGGUCAUUAACACCUUUAAUCACACCUUUACAAAUAAAUAUUCUGGCAGACAGAUCUUGGGAAGAAAUUAUCGGGAACAUUGGUAUUGAAUAUUAUGCUGUAGAACAAGGCACUCCUCUGUUGUGUGGUAAAAUGUCAAGAGAUAUUAGACAAGAAAUAGAGAAACUAACUGGUAAUCCUCGAGCAAAAAAACUAAGGUGGUUUUCAGAAUGUUUAUCACCUCCAGGUGGCAGUGAGAAUUUAUGGAACUUGGUUGCUGUGAUAAAAGGGCAAGAUGAUAGCUUACUCCCUCAGAACUACUGCAAAGGAAUAAUGCAUUUGAAACAUCUCAUUAAAUUUAGAACAUCUGAAGCCCAAGAACUAACGACAGUCAAGAUGUCUAAAUUUGGUGGUGGUAUUGGUGUCCCUACUAAAGAGGAAAGACUAAAGGAAGCUGCUGAAAUACACUUGAGAUUAGGACAAAUUCAGAGAUACUGUGAACUUAUGGUUGAACUUGGAGAGUGGGACAAAGCCCUGUCAGUUGCACCAGGGGUCUCUGUGAAAUACUGGAAGAAGCUAAUGCAGAGGAGAGCUGACCAGUUAAUCCAGGAAGAUAAGGAUGAUGUCAUUCCAUACUGCAUAGCCAUCGGUGAUGUGAAAAAAUUAGCCAAUUUUUUUAUGUCAAGAGGUCAGCUUAAAGAAGCCCUGCUUGUUGCACAGGCUGCAUGUGAGGGAAAUAUGCAAACCAUACAUGUUUCUACACCAAAAGGAGCCUCAUAUUCUGGUGAUACCUACAAGGAAGAAUUUAAUGAACUCUUGCACAAAGUCAGUAAAGAACUGGCAGAAUGGUAUUUUCAGGAUGGUCGAGCAGUACUAGCCGCAUGUUGCCAUCUAGCUGUAGAUAACAUUGAGCUUGCUAUGGCAUACCUGAUUCGUGGAAACGAGCUGGAGCUGGCUGUCUGUGUGGGCACAGUACUGGGAGAGUCUGCAGCACCAACAACCCACUAUGCCCUAGAAUUAUUGGCAAGAAAAUGCAUGAUGAUUCCAACAUGCUUUCCAUCUGUUGGAUACAGGAAUUUGGCAGCUGAUCUUCUCCUGAUGAUUCCUGAUAAUGAACUACAUUUAGUAAAACUCUGCGCUUUCUACCCAGGGUGUAUUGAAGAAAUAAAUGAUCUUCAUGAGAAGUGCAAGCUACCCACAGCAGAAGAAUGUAUGCAGUUAGCUGAGACAGCCUAUGCAGAUGGCAAUAUAUUUGAAACUGUAAAGUAUUACUUGCUAAGUCAAGAACCUGAAAAAGCCCUUCCUAUUGGUAUUGACUUUGUUAAAGAAUACAUCAGUAGUUCAAAUUGGACGUUGGAUACCAUUUACCCCGUUCUUGACCUUUUGAGUUACAUUCGUACUGAAAAAUUAGUCUUGCAUACAUGUACUGCAGCUCGAAAUGAGUUGCUAAUAUUAUGUGGUUAUAUUGGUGCAUUAUUGGCUAUCAGGAAACAGUACCAAAGCAUUGUUCCAGCACUUUAUGAGUACACAAGUCAGCUGUUAAAACGUCGGGAGGUGUCAGUACCUCUAAAACUUGAACAACUUUCCGAAGAACUGGAUGCAUGGAGAGCUUGUACACAGUCCACGUAUGAAUCAUUGGAAGACUCUCCUUAUACACCUCCUUCUGAUUCACAAAGAAUGGUUUAUUCAACUUUACUAAAGAGGCUAAAGGAAGAAUCACUCCAAGGAAUUAUUGGACCAGAUUAUGUGACUGGAUCAAAUCUUCCAAGUCAUUCUGAUAUUCACAUCUCUUGUCUAACAGGAUUAAAAAUCCAGGGCCCUGUAUUUUUUCUUGAAGAUGGGAAAUCUGCUAUCUCAUUGAAUGAUGCUUUGAUGUGGGCAAAGGUGAAUCCAUUCUCACCUUUAGGGACUGGAAUACGACUCAAUCCAUUUUGAUAGAAGAUUUCUCUCCAUGAUUAAUUGUUUUUUUAAAGAAGAACUUCUGUGGGUUAGUAUUACCUUCAUCUUGGUUGUCCAAGAACCAAAGGUUGGGGGGAGGAUUAGGGGUUGGGAAAGGUAGAGAGUAACAGUUAACUUUAUUCAUUCACUUUAAAAAAUAAAAUGUUUAUACAAUUUAAAGGAAAAUUUGUUGUCUCCUUUAUAAAAUAUAA